CAAGAACUGGCUCUUAGAGAGAGCUUGAUUAUUGCUGCAAGCAAUCGUUUUUUCACUCUUAUUCCUUCUGUUCAUCCACAUAUUAUACAUGAUAAGGAUGACUUGACGAUGAAAGUGAAAAUGCUUGAAGCUCUGCAAGAUAUUGAAAUUGCUUCUAGACUUGUAGGCUUCAAUGGUGACAAUGAUGAAUCUCUUGAUGAGAAGUACAAGAAACUUCACUGUGACAUUACCCCGCUAGCUCAUGACAGUGAAGAUUACAAGCUAGUCAAGAAAUAUCUCCUCAACACGCAUGCUCCCACUCACAAGGAUUGGUCCUUAGAAUUAGAGGAAGUUUAUGUGCUCGAUCGGGAUGGAGAAUCCAACAAGUACUCGAAAUAUAGAAACAAUCUCCAUAACAAGAUGCUAUUGUGGCAUGGUUCAAGGUUGACAAAUUUUAUUGGAAUUCUUAGCCAAGGACUAAGAAUAGCACCUCCUGAAGCUCCUGUGACAGGCUAUAUGGUUUGCUCUUUAAUCAUUUUAUACAUGCUCUAACUCAGCUAAAUUAUUUGUUGAAUAUUUUAAGGUGAUGUUUCUUUCACAUGU